CAUGUGUGUCCCCAAAAAGUUUACAAUUUUAAAACAAUUUCUAAUACAAUCCCAAAACUUUCACACCUCAACGAACUCACAACACUUAAAAGGCCAAACUAACUUGAAAUAUCAGAAAUGAGAGAGCUUGAGCGCUUGGAGACGAGCAUGAACCAUCAUCAACCAUGGCCGCCCAUUGGAGCUCCGACGAAUCUCCGGCGAGAAGAACCAUGUAUAUCACGAUUCGACGACGACUCAGUUAGUGCAUUCUCCUUUGGUUUCGUAGCUACAGCCAUUCUCAUUUCAAUGUUCCUCGUCAUGGCUAUCUUCGAGAAACUCGUUCGAACAACAACCACUAACUCUGAUUCCUCUUCUGGUCGGAUCCUCUUGGGUAUGGAAUCUCGGGUCGGGUUCAAUGGCACAUCAUCUAAGCUCGGUUACCAAUCUCCAAAGAUGACUGUUUACACGAACGGAGUAUCAGUAUUGAUGCCAGGAGACGACAUCCCUACUUUCAUUGCUCAUCCAGUGCCCGUGCCUCGUCCUCCUCUACACAUCUCACAGUCUCAGCAUCAACAUAGCUCAUCAAGAGACCCCUCCAACUCAAACUCCAUUCAAGAAUGUUGAAAGACUUGUUUUCUUUAUCAUGUAUAUUACGCAUUGGCUUAUUACUAAACAUUCGAGCUACCAACCACUCUGAGUUGAGUUUUGGCAUCGGAUGUUUUUGUUUUUUUCCCGAUGAUAUCACUAUAUAUUGAUUGGGUUAUUAUGUGUACAUAUAGCAUUAGGAUCCAGAAAAAAAAAACUGGUUUAUGCCCUUAGUAUCCUUGAGCACAUAUUCAA